AUGGUCUGGUCCAUUGUUUGUCGAUGGCAAGGGCUGCAUCUCCUGUACCAGCUCUAUUGCCACCCGCCGUUGCGUACACUGUAUUUUCGCUCUCGACCACCGGAUUGGCUGGGUAGCGACAGUUCUGAAGAAGAGUGCAAUCUUACAGAAACUGACCGUCUCGUGGAGCCGAUAGUCACUUCGCAGGGGGAUGUCUCACUUGAUGUUGGUGCGGUAUGUCCUGGUCAGAACCGUCGGUCAUAUCAGCGUUUCUACCAGGCCUUGACCGCGCAGUGGCUGGCGGUAGAGAUGCUGUGGCUAGCCCGAAUUUCUGUAUAUGAUACACCGUCGGAUCAACAUCGCUAUUUCGUGCAGGUAUGGAAGAUAUGGGGCGACAACCGAAGCCGGACACUGCAGGAAAAAUUAGAUGUGCUCGAGAUAUUUGACUUUGUGUGGAGCUUUCUUGGGCGGAAAAGCUUUGAAAGUAUUGCUAGGGAGUGGGACAGGUUGACUGGCGAAUAUACAAGAUUUGAGGAUGGCGGCGACGACUUUAGGAGCGCCCACCGAUCGGGUUGCAUGAGAGCAGUGACCCAGUACCUACGGCCUCCCAACAUUAUCGAGCUCUUUCUAUGCUCCACACGUAGACCUUCUCACUCUUGGAGUAUCAAACGACUUCAGUAUCUCCGUACGCUAGGAUUCUUUGAUGAAAAGAAUGGUAUUUGUCGACGACUGGACGGAAGUGAGUCAUCCGAUUUCCGAUGGUGGUGGUAUUGUCCGGUGAACCUCCUGGAGCAUGACGUGCUUGUGGGCAUACAAACUAGUAUUGACACCAAUUCCUGUCCGGCUUCGGAUAUAGUUUUGGAGUAUGUUUGGGGGACAUAUCGGCACACGGCUUGGGACUUCGAUGCCAAAGGCCACCUAUUCUUUCGGGAGGAGACAAGUGAACGUAUCUUUUCGCGGAUGGCAAAAACACUAGCUCCACAUCUCAGAUCACACCUUUCAAACCUGGACAACGAUGUCAAUGUUCCUGCAGAUUAG